AUGGCGCCGGAGAAUAAUUCCUCAAUGCGAGGCCGAGACUUCAACCCCGUUCGCGCCUGCAUCUUCGACAUGGAUGGCCUUCUCAUCGACUCCGAAGACGCCUACACCAUCGUCACCAACACCAUCCUGCGCGAAAACGGCCGUCCCGAUCUUCCCUGGGAAAUCAAAGCACAACUCCAAGGCCGGCCCUCUCACUCGGCCGGGAAAAUCUUUCACGAGUGGGCCCAGCUCCCGAUCUCGAGGGAGGAGUUUAUGAGUAGGCAAGCGGAGUUACAAGUAGAGGCCUUUUUAAAGUGCAGACCACUCCCAGGUGUGGAGCAAUUGCUGAAGAAAUUGCAAAAAUCUUAUACAAAGAGUCAAGCGAUAUCUUUCUCCCCGGACAGAUCGAGCAAUAAGAAGGUCCACCUCGCACUAGCAACGAGUUCGCACUCAAAAAAUUUCGAGAUCAAGACAAGUGGAAUGAAAGACCUGUUCAGUCUCUUCCCUCAGAGACAUGUCAUAUUGGGCGAUGAUCAUCGCAUACCGAAGGGGAGAGGAAAGCCACUACCGGACAUUUACCUAUUGGCAUUGCAGAAUAUUAAUGAGACGUUGUUGGUGGAGGGCAAUGGGGAAAGACCCAUCACGCCGGAGGAGUGCCUUGUGUUUGAGGACAGCGUUCCCGGGGUGGAGGCCGGCAGGAGGGCAGGCAUGCGCGUCGUAUGGGUGCCACAUCCGGGAUUACUCGAAAUAUACCUGGGAAGAGAAGAGGAGGUUCUCGCAGGACAGACGGGCGAACACAAAGAGGACGAUCUGGACCACACGGAGGGCAUCCCUCUCAUGGGCAGUCCUGGCUACCCGGGCGAGAUCAUGGACGGAUGGGCAGAGAUGCUGGCCUCACUGGAAGAGUUCGAUUUCUCGAGAUAUGGAAUUGAAGUUGUCGACGAAGGAGACGCUUCUGAAAACGGCCAGCCCGCUCUCAAUGGCAUGACGGACAAAGAGCUGGAAGAAAUGACAGCCCUGGCGGACGGUAAACGUCAUGCUCCCGAAGAACCAUCACCUUCACAGGUCCCCAGGACGAGUUUAUGA